GGAUGAUAUCGUAAACUUCAUGACAAAACAUUAUAAUUCAUCUGAUGUUCCUUUGAAAGAUUCAUUAAAGUCCCCAACCGACUUAAAGCACUAGCCAUAACGCCCAAAUGGCUACCGUGGAGGUUGAUGGUAUCCUUGACAGCCUUGCCCAAGGGUAUGAUGAAUCCCAGUUUCAAGUAAGUUGCUCAAAGACCACUAUUUACAAUCGGUAAUACAGAGUAGUAUGUGGGCAUUACGUCUUUGCCUAAUCUGACUCUGAGUGACCAGUGCACUGAUAAUUGUCUACAGAUGCCUCCUGAUUGCUCAUCGGGGCAGGCCACUAUCAAGAAUCAUAUGACGAAUAUGAAUGAGAAUUUGGCUUCUGAGCACCUUACUAACACAUUCGGGUCAUCUUGGCUUUCUGAUUUACUGGAAACCGAUCUCUUUACGGCCUACCAACCAAGUCUUGAGAUGAACCUUGACUAUAUCUGCCCCGAUACCAACAAAGAACCGCUGAGGGAAGCAACAGGUGAGCCAUUGACUCCUCCUGAACAGGAGAGUAGCCCAUCGGAUCAACAAACCCCCAGAAAGAGUAUUUUACUUCCUGCUCCCGACGUUCAACUUCGAUCAGCAUCGCGUGAUUCAAAGAAUCGCAAGCGUCGUGGCGCAGCUCCCAGCAAUCAAGUACACGCUCGAGAAAGCCAUAACCUUAUCGAGAGACAUUACCGUGCCCGACUCAAGACGCAAUUUGAAAGGCUUCUCGCAGUUCUGCCAGCGGCGCAGGCACUUAGCCUUGCUGGCAGGGGUACGGCGGCCAGCCUUGGUCAGGUUCUUGGCAGGGGGCAGGUAUUGGGUAUGGCAGGGGGUCGCAUCCUCGAGUUAGAAGGAAAGCUUGAGGUUAUACUGACUAAGAGAAGGGGUGGCUAUUAUGUAUAA